UCCGAAGAGUCCGAAAAUCAACAACCCGAUUCUGCAAACCAUAAUAAACCAGAGCUCAAAACAGAGCGGUACCUGAAGAAAACGGAGACCCGAACCAGAGCCCUCACCUAUGGCAGACGAUGACGACGAUGAGGGCUUUGGGGACUUCAAAUUUGCUCCAAUGACCCCUGUUCAUAUCGCCUCCUCCAUCGCCAAUCUGAAGACCAGAUCCUCCGCUGAUUUGUUCUCCGACGAUGAUUGGGGCGACUUCGUAACCACCCCUUCUAAUCAGAUCAAUGGCGGAUUUGAGUUCUCCAAUGGAGUAGGCGUUAAUUCGUCCAUCAUUCCUUCACAGAACCAAAAACCCUUGGACCUAUUUGGGAAUUCAGUGGAUAGUAUUGAAUCUACGCUGCCUCGGGUUGAAUCGGUGCCUAGUGGAGUCGAGUUGGCGAAGGUUCAGUGGGUUAAACCUCAGGGAGCUAUUCCGUUAUCGUUGUUUGGAGAGACUGAGGAGGAGGAGAAUAAUUCUGGCUUGGGUGAGCCUACGGUUGGUGAUGGUGCAGCCUCAUUCUUUCAUAAGAAAGAUGAUAAUGCGAAAAAAGGUUUGGCUUUGAAUGGGGGCGUUGGUAUUAAUGAUUUGAUUGCAAAUUUGUAUAGUCAGAGUCCGCGGAUCAAGGUUGAAAAUGGAUCGCAUCCGAAUUCAAAUUCGGAUGGAGCGAGUACGAAAUAUAAUGAGUCCAGCAUGAAUGUUGAAAGCCUGGGAUCAAAAACUAAUGCGUUUUAUUGGCAACCUAAUGGGUUUGAUUCCAUUUUUCACGAUAAUGAUCCGAACUCAAAUAAAUUAGAUUCUAAUAUUGGUAGCGAUUUCAAUUCCGAUGGGCUGAGUUCGGAUUUGGUAGAACAUAGUGAGAGUUUUGAUGAUGAUGAAGACAACGAUGGUGGUUGGGAAUUCAAAGCUGCUGAUGCAAACAAACAGGAACAACAGGUUGUUGAAAUGUCACGGCCGAAGGUGGAAGAAGCUAUGGAGAAGGACCCGGAAUUUAAGGUUGACGAUGGAGGAAGGUUAAAUGUUGAGGAAUCCAUAACUGCAGUUGAGUUUAGUAAUGAUGCACAUGGUCAUGUUGAUGUGGCGACCCAAUUCAGUGAUAAGCCUCAUAAAGCUGAUGAUUGGAACUCAUUGUUUGAUUUCAAUCCGAGUUCUGCCUCUCCAAAUGAUCUUAUAUGGGAUUCACACUCUAUAACUGAGAAGAAUCAUAUGGAGAUUGGGUCAAACUUAUCUACAGUUGGUGAACGGGGAAAUUCUAAUGAAAACUUUUGGCAAUUUAGGGAUGUAUUUUCAGAAGUUGGACCAGAGCCUAAGCUGGAAGCUGCGAAGGUUGCUAAUCCAGCACCAGCAGAUCUAGGAGGACAAACAAUAAAUGGAGAUGGUGCUCAUGGUACUAUUGAUUUUUUUGCUGUGUCUGAGGAGGCUUUACCCAAAACUGGGGUAUGGGACUUUGAGUCUACUUUCACCUCAAGCUCUGCAAUUGAAGAUGGCAUUAUACCAAAUUUACAUUCCAGUAGCAUGAAAAAUGAUACUGGAAAUGGAGCUUGUUUUUCUGCAGAUGAUAAGAAUGAUGAGUCCGAUGACAAUGAUUGGGAAUUUCAGGAUGCCUUUCCAGAAACAGUGUCAAAGCUUGAGGAGAAUGAAGUCAAGCCAAAGAGUCACGAAGCCUUGCCCCUGUCCAUUUUUGGUGAUGAAGAACUGGAGAAUGAUUCUUCCCAAUUUCCAAAUGAUGUUUUGACGCAUAAACCUACAUCCUAUCCAAGUUAUAAUAGCAAUAAGGCUCUUGGUUCUAAUUUAUCUAUCAAUGAUUUGAUAUCAAGUUUAUACAUUCAAGCUGAGGAGAACACUUCUGUUAGUGAUACACCAAAAGUAAGUGAAAAUGGAAUGCCUGCUGCCCUUAGCCCAUUGGAAUCUGAUAUUCUCAAUCAUGAUGACGAUUCCGAUGAUGAUGAUGAUGAUGAUGCUUGGGAAUUUAAGGAUGCUGUUUUGGAUACCAAAGAUCAAAACCAAACUUUUGCAACUCAUGUUGAAGAUUUACCAAGCAAAUCUUAUAUUAAGUUGCAACUAAGGGAUUCUGUUGAAUUUUAUAGCAAGUUGAAGGAUGACUCAUGUUUUGUUGCAUUGAGCCACUUCGAAAAUUUAAAGAAAGCUCAAAGCAGUGCAACUCCUGGUGAAGAAGCAAGCUUGGAAGCGCUUGGUGUGGAAAUCGAGAAAAUCUAUGAUCAACUUUAUCAAGAUAAUGUAAUAUCAGAGUUCGAGACAGAGAAUCUUUCAUCAAAAAAUGUAUGCUUCGGUGAACUUCUUAAAGCUCUGCAGGAACCAAAGUUCAGGGUUCUCGAGUCGGAAUAUCAAUUAUCAAAGCAGUUGUCAUUGGCUGAGACAAAUUUGGGAUCAGCAAUUGAACUUUCGAAACAUGCAGCAUCAACACUAAGUAUUCUUAAGUUGGGAUCAGCAGAGGCGCAAUCUAGUUAUAUAUCUAAGUGGUCUAAAAUAGUCACUGUCUGUGCUCAAGAGCUAAGACAUGGUGCCUUUAUUUGGAAACAGGCAUUGCAGAAGAAUGUCCAGAGUCAAAUUAUAUCUAAAACUCAAGGCAGGCAAUAUAUCAUCUGUCUUGCCGAGAUUUACAGAGUAGUUCAAGUUCUUGGAGUUUCUGCUGAACUUUACAAGCCAUGGAUAUUGUUAAAUUCUGAAGAACCCGUUGGUUUGUUUCCUCUUCUAAAUGAAUGCUCUACUCUCUGGUCAACUUCAGGGCUUGAUGAAGCUCUUCAGAUUAUUUCACAGCAAUAUGAUUCGGAGUUUGGUGAAACUUUGAAAGCACUACUGGAGUCUAUGAAGUGCAUUGAUGAUCUUGAUGCACUUGCACUCCAGCACCAUGUUUUCUCUGGAGACCAACCUAUUUGUCGACUAUCAAUGUUAACUGCAGGAAUUAUGCCAGGAAUGAAAAUGGUGGUUUGGGAUGGAAAUCACUACUUGUUGAAGCUUGCGAAUUUGUGGGCAAAUCUAAUCAGUUCUGUUCCUCCAGUUUUGCCUCACCUAAAUGUCAGCUAAAUGGCAAACCACAACAGAAGUUGGAAAAACUUUUGGACUGCGUGUCCGUCUGAAUUGCAGUUAUGUCCUCCAAUUUCUUCUUAGGAUGGCAUCUGAAGCAUAGCAAAGUGGCCGGCCAUAGAAUCCACCGAGUUAGAAAAUUUGAAGGACUUCAAUAUAUACCGACCAGGCUGCAAUUCUACUUUUAAACGUUCUGACACUUGGAGUGAUGUCACAAGGAUUGAUUCUCUCAUCCAAAGCCAAAAAAAAAAAGAACAAGAAAAGUAAUUGAUUCUCUUACUGUUGGAUUGGUAUUCUUUUAAAGGGAUUUGUAGCUAUAGCUUAGAAAUUUGUUAUUGGCAAUGCUAGUAUCAUUCUCUGUUUAGAACUGUGUAUUAUGUUAAGAGAAAAUGGGUGGAAUAAAGAAGGCACCCUAUACUUAGGAACAUUUUGCUGAUAUGAUGCAUUGCCAAUUUAUUAGAGUAUAAAGAGAUGAUUCAUUGUAACUUUUUCGCUUGGUUGUGCAGUAUUUCAAUCUGUAUUAUGUCAAAACAGAAUCUUAUAGCUCUGCAUUCUGUAUAGACUUUGGUCCUCUUUUUGUGGUCAGUGAUAAGAGAUAAUAUUAUUUUAGUUGAUUUUCUA